CACGGCGAACUUUUGCAGCCGGUGAAGGACAACAGGAGCGCGCAGCAGCAUUGCCAUCACCAAGAUGCCGCCCCGGAUACCCGUCGCAUCGUACCUGCGGGCCCCGAGCUCGCCGUCGGUCUUCGCCCUCCCACUGCGCCCAUUCUCGACCACCGGACCGCUGCAGAAGAAGCUCACUUCGCUCGAGCGCAAGCAGCGUUUCGAGCACGACCCCUACAUCGCCGCCCAGAAGGCCCGCAAGAAGGCGGCCAACCUGUCGCGCCGCGCAGAGCUGGAGCAGGUGCGCGUCGAGAGCCUGGGCAACCCCGUCCGCGGCGUGACGACGCCCUUCGUGCGGUCCUUCGACACGGGCAGGCCUGAGGCUGCCGGCACCGACGCCGACCAGCUCAACUACCGCUACUACCCCGACCGCCUGCGGACGCAGCUAGAGGAGAGCAAGCGCCUGGCCGUGCCGCUGAGCGAGAUCAAGAAGGACGACGCGGCCCCCACGACCCCGUACAGCAGCUCCAUGACCCACAACACCGCCUACAGCAUCGAGAAGACGGCCGAGGAAAUUGCGGAGCAGAACCAGCAGGACCACGCCCGCGCCACCGAGGCCAUCGCCCGCAUCACCGCCCUCGACAAUGGCUCCAGCAAGGACCGCAUGCGCGUCAACAUCACCCGCUGCAUCGACACCUUCGGCCGCCACAACACCGACCUGCGCCUGCCACCGCGCGCACCCCACCUUGGCAGCAUCAACUCGAACACCCCGCCUGCCGUGCGCCCCGCGACCAACGAGAAAGCCGCCAGCGCGCGCAUCGGGCCCGACACGGGCUCGUCCGAGGUGCAGAUUGCGAUCCUGACCGCGAAGAUCAAGACCGUGGCCGACUUCCUGUCGUCGCGAGGCAAGGGCGACAAGCACAACAAGCGCAAUCUGAGACUGCUGGUGCACAGGCGGCAGAAGCUGCUGCAGUACCUGCGGAGACGAGAGCGCGGUGGGCCGAGGUGGCAGCACUGCAUCGAGACAUUAGGUCUGACAGAGGGAACAUGGAAGGGCGAGAUCUCGUUGUAAGAUGGACGCGUGAAGACCAUUUUAAAUUAGCGGCACAAGCGGGUUUCCGGUGCAUUGCAGCUGUACAAUACGAAGCAUAAGAGCCUGGCAUUGACGGACUGUCGUGAUUAUGGAAUGACGUGCUUACCUUCGAUCUACCCUGCGUAUUUACACAGCGUGUCGAGUUCGUAUACAGCUGUACUACUGAUGCACAGCACCACGCGUCGCAGCAGGAUAUGCACAUCACUGACCACGGCU